AUGUUGGCAUAAAAGACUAGCAAAGCUGUUUCUAAGAUGCUCUUCAAGAAUAAGAGCUUUUUUAAUUUCAGAACCACUAAGAAUCUCUUAGUGCAAAAGGAAAAUCCAAGCAAUUUAUAUGUAGAACAGAUGUUCGAUUAGUGGUCAAAGGAUCCAAACAGUGUUCAUGAAAUGUGGAGAGAUUAUUUUAGUUAAACCUCUCAAUAAAUUAUUGAACCUACUCUUUCUUCUUCAUAAGUUUCUCCUUUUGCUAUAGAAAACGCUUCUACAGUUGCUUUCUAAGCAUACAACCUCAUUAGAAACUAUUAGGUUAUUGGUCACUCACUUGCUGAUAUUGAUCCUUUGGAGCUCUAAAACUUUAAGGAAUUUGGUAAAAAAAUUUUAAAAUAUGACUACCUUGGUACAAAUUUGACUGAAGCUCAAAAGAAGGCAACAUUCUCCGUUUCUUAGGGUCCUUGGAUUAAAGAAAUAGCUCAUUUCUUAGAAGGAAAAGACACAUGGAGCAUUGGCGAAAUUAUUGAAAUUUGCAAAAAAAUCUACACUGGAAAGAUAGGUUUCGAAUACUAUCACAUCGAAAAUGUAGAUGAAAAGCUUUGGUUAUAAAAGAGAAUUGAAGAUAUUGGUCUUAAACCUUAAAAUAAUGUAGAUCGUAAAAAAACUCUUGAAAGACUUUUAAGAAAUGAAUAAUUCAAUCUCUUCUUGAAAAACAGAUUCUCUACUUCUAAGCGUUUCGGUAUUGAAGGUUGUGAUUCUUUCAUUUCUGGUUUAGGAGCUCUUGUUGACCAUGCUUGUGAAAAUGGAGUUUAAUCUCUCAUUUUAGGUAUGCCACAUAGAGGUCGUCUCAAUACAUUAGCAUGCGUUUUCAAUAAAAAUCCUGAAUAAAUUUUUGCUGAAUUCCAGGAAAUUAGAGAUAAGAGUUUAGAUGAUGCUGAAUGGGGUAAUUCUGGUGAUGUCAAGUAUCAUCUUGGUUGCACAACUGAAAAGGUCAAUCCUAGUGGAAAGAAAAUCAAAAUGAGCAUUCUUCCUAAUCCUUCUCACUUAGAAACUGUUAACCCCGUAACUAUGGGUUGCGUUAGAGCCGUUCAAGAUUUCAAGGGUGAUUCUACUGGUUUAAAAACUUUAGGUGUUUUGGUUCAUGGUGAUUCCUCAUUUUCUGGUUAAGGUGUCGUUUACGAAUCAUUGUAAAUGUAAGAAUUAGUUGGAUACUCUCCAAGAGGUAUUGUUCAUAUUAUUGUCAACAACUAAAUUGGUUUCACUACCACUCCUGCUGAAUAUAGAACUGGUUUAUAUUCAACUGAUGUUAUGAAGUCAGUCGAAUCUCCUAUUUUCCACGUUAAUGCUGACGAACCUGAUUUGGUUGAUGCAGUUUUUAGACUUGCUGUUGACUAUAGAAACACUUUCCAUAAGGAUGUUAUGGUUGAUAUUAUUGGUUACAGACUUUUUGGUCACAAUGAAUUGGAUGAACCCAGAUUCACUUAACCUAUGAUGUAUUCCAAAAUCGAAAAGAUGACUCCUGUUUACUAAAAGUACUCUAAGAGAUUAUUAGAUGAAGGAGUUAUUACACAAGCUGAAAUUGAGGAAUUAGAAAAGCACUAUACAUAAGCUUUAACCAGAUCUUACAUGACUUCUAAAGAAGAAAGCUUCAACGUUGCUGAUUGGAAAGCUAAGCCUUGGGAAGUAGUUGAUGUCAUGCAAACUGGUGGCAUGAAGGGAACUGCUUUUGAUUUAAAUAUGUUAAAGGAUAUUGGAAAGAAGAUUUGUGAAAUUCCAACUGAUUUUAAUAUUCAUCCUUAAUUAAAGAAAAUUUUCUAAGCUCGUUAAUAAUCUGUUGAAACUGGUGAACAUAUUGAUAUGGCCACUGCUGAAGCUUUAGCUUUUGCUACUCUUUUAACUGAAGGUUUUAAUAUCCGUAUUAGUGGUCAAGAUGUUGAAAGAGGUACUUUCUCUCAAAGACACGCUGUCUUAAAUGAUUAAGUUAGUGUAAAGAAAAUCAAACCUAUUUUAUAAUGCUUGCCUGAAAAUCAAAGAAACGACCAACGUUUCACCGUUGUUAACUCCCAUUUAUCUGAAUACGGUGUUUUAGGUUUUGAAUAUGGUUAUUCUAUCACAAAUCCUAACUGUCUCACUAUUUGGGAAGGUCAAUUUGGUGACUUUGCUAACGGUGCUUAAAUUAUCAUCGAUAACUACCUUGCAUCUGGUGAAGCUAAGUGGAACGUAUAAACUGGUCUUGUAGUUCUUUUACCUCAUGGUAUGGAUGGCCAAGGUCCUGAACACUCUUCAGGAAGAAUGGAAAGAUUCCUUUAAAUGUGUGAUGAUGAUAUUUAAUCUGCCAUUUCUUAACCUAAAACUAGACAAAGAGGUCAAGGAAGAAAGAUUAACUGGUCAGUUAUUUGCUGUUCUUUCUCUGCAAAUUAUUUCCACGCCCUUCGUAGAUAAAUGCACAGAGAUUUCAGAAAGCCAUUGAUUGCUUUCACUUCUAAGAAACUCCUUAGAUUUAAACCUGCUUGCUCAAAUAUCAAGGAAUUCACCGAAUUCACUGAUAACCCUAAUCUAUUUAAGAACGUUGUCCCCGAAACUGAAAAGAUCGUUGAAAGCUCCUAAGUUAAAAAGGUUGUUAUUUGUUCUGGUUAAGUUUAUUGGGAUCUUGUUGAAUACAGAUAAGAACACAAGAAGAAUGAUAUUGCUAUAGUAAGAAUUGAAUAGAUUGCUCCCUUCCCUUACGAAGAUAUUAGAAGUGCUAUUCAAAACUAUAAAAACGCUGAAUUUAUUUGGUGCUAAGAAGAACAUGAAAACAGCGGUGCCUGGACCUACAUUGAACCCAGACUUGAAAUAAUUUUAGAUGAAUUGAAAUCCGAAGGAUCUAUUAAGCACAACAAACUUAAUUAUAUUGGCAGAAAGAGAUAAGCUUCUACUGCUACCGGCUCAACCAAGGUUCAUAAGCUUGAAUUAGAAUCUAUCUUGAAGAAAAUAUUCAACUGA